AAAGUUAAAUUUUCCAAAAAAACCCAUUAUUUUAGAACAAAAUAAAUAUUAAAUGAGAUCCACAACUAUCCUAAUCUCAAUCCCCCUCGCCGUACCAAAAACAAACGGGGCCUAAAAACCCAGAAAAACCCAAUAUAUUUCUCUUUUCAAAUAUUUCCACUCGUACUGCAACUCAACCAUGACCAUGGAAAACCCUCCAUCUCAAUCUCUUCCACUGGAUGGCCGUGUCGCAAUAGUAACCGGAGGAUCUACAGGCAUCGGCCGUGCCAUCACACUCCAUCUCCGAUCCCUCGGCGCUAAACUCGUCAUCAAUUACUUUCCAAACGCCAACCAAGCCGACCUCUUAGCAUCCGAGCUCAAUUCCUCGUCUCACCCCGUAGCCAUAGCAGUCCGAGCAGAUGUCUCCGACCCAGAUCAAGUCAAAGCCCUGUUCGAUCGAGCAGAGCAAGAAUUCAAUUGCCCACCUCACAUCCUCGUCAACUGCGCAGGAAUUCUAGAUCCAAAAUACCCAUCAGUAGUCAAUACAACAGUAGAGGAUUGGGAUUCGACAUUCAAUGUCAACACCAAAGGGGCGUUCCUGUGCUGCAGAGAGGCUGCUGAUCGAUUGAAGAGAGGCGGAGGAGGGAGGAUCAUAAUGAUAACGUCAUCGCUUGUUGGGAAUUUGUUGCCCGGGUAUGGGGCUUAUGCGGCGUCCAAGGCGGCGGUGGGGACGAUGACGAAGAUCGUGGCGAAGGAGUUGAAGGGUACCGGAAUAACUGCCAAUUGCGUUGCGCCUGGACCUGUUGCGACGGAGCUGUUUUACGCGGGAAAAACAGAGGAGACGGUGAAGAGGUUGGCUGAUGCUUGCCCUCUGGGUCGACUUGGUGAGCCCAAUGAUGUAUCUCAGCUUGUUGGCUUCUUGGCUGGUGAUGCUGGGGAGUGGAUCAAUGGCCAAGUCAUUCGUGCCAAUGGUGGAUUAGUAAUUUAGUUCUUCUCUGCACUUCUUUAUCUUUUAUUGGUUUUUGAUUGAUGUUUUCCCUUUUGUUAUCUAUCAAGUAGAUGAAUUGGGCAAGAAAUUUCUUUUUUUGGUUUUAGUUGUUGUUGAUUUUGUUGUAAUUUUGGCUUUGAAAUCUAGUGCAUGGUGUUUGUUAUUGUUUAA